AUGGGUGUUCAACUCAAAGGAAAUGGCCAUGGAGAGCCGCCCAUGAAUCCAGAGGUUGCGGUUCCUCUCUUUGUUCUCGGGGGAAUUGUCGUUAUCAUGUUCCUAUAUCGAAGUGUGAUUCGGAUUCGCCAUCGCCGACGCUCAAAAACAGCCUUGCAGGUGGAUGAUCAGACUCAAAUUUCCCAAACAAAUGGCCUCAAUGCAAACUUGAAAAAGCAUAUUCUGUAUGCGCCGCUUUGGGGAUCCCGCCACAGUCGAGAGUUUCGGUUUCUUCGCCUGCAUAUGGGUUCACUGCCCUUGCGGCUAGAACUGAUUCUCUUGAUUGUUUAUAUCUGUCUCAAUAUCGUGUUUGUCAUCGUGACAGUGGACUGGUGGGAGGAAUUUUCCAUGAAGAUGUUUCAAUUGAAGUAUGCUGCAGGUCACCUGGCUGUAAUGAACACGCCAGGUCUCGUCUUAAGUGCAGGACGCAACAAUCCGUUGGUGGCUAUGCUUGGACUCUCUUUUGACACCUUCAAUUUCAUGCAUCGUUGGGUUGGACGCAUCAUUGCAGCAAAUGCUAUCAUUCAUAUGAGCGCUGUGUUGGCGAACCAGGCUUACGUCAAUGGGGUGGAUUACAUUCUCUAUACCAUUUGGCAGCAAUCGUUCUAUAUCUUCGGUCUUGUGGCGCUCCUGGGAUUCGUUUUCAUCGUCCUACAAUCUCUAUCACCACUCCGUCAUUCCUUUUACGAGCUAUUCCUUCAUUUACAUAUUGCUCUGGCUAUCAUGUCCUUCGUGGCUCUAUGGUAUCAUCUCAAAAAUCUGACGCAACAGCGAGUGCUUCUGGGAACCCUGAUCUUGUGGGGUCUAGAUAGAGCUGGUCGACUUGCAAUCCUUAUUUGGAGAAAUUGUGGCAAGCGCCGCACAACCGCUACCAUUGAAGCUCUUCCAGGCUCAGUUGCAAAGGUUGAUGUGGAGGUCUCACGUGCUUGGAAUUUCCGCCCUGGUCAGUAUAUGUAUCUCUAUAUGCCUUGUUUAGGGCUGUGGACAUCACAUCCAUUUACCGUUGCUUGGUCAUACACAAGAGAGUCGUCGCUGGAUCUGAGCGAGAAGCGUAGCUCAAGUGAUUCCUUUGCUGCACUUAUUGGUGGUAAUCAGACGACUACUAUGUCAGUUUUGAUCAAGGGUCAAGAUGGGUUUACUAAGAAGCUGCUUCAAAAAGCGGAAAACUCGCCCGAUGGAAGAAUUCAGGCAAUGGCGUUGGCAGAGGGUCCUUUCGGCGGUAUUCAUUCAUUGGCAUCUUAUGGAACUCUGCUACUGGUAGCUGGAGGCAUCGGCGUUACACAUGCAAUGUCCUACUUGCAUGAGGUUGUCACCAAUUUCACAUCUCGGAAAACGGCAACACGAAAAGUUCAUCUAGUUUGGAUGAUCCGAAGUCUUGAUCACUUGACAUGGAUUCAAACAUGGAUGCUUGACAUUCUUGGACACGACGCGCUUAACACGUCCAUCGAUCCUCAGGGAGACACGUAUUUCCAGUUCCCUGGUCUCAUGCUGUCUAUUAAAAUCCAUAUUACUGGUCAUAAGGAGAGUGUUGAGGAGUAUCUUCCAGCAGCCGAGACUCCGUGGACGGAGUGCGCACCUUCCAACGUGCCUGUGGCCGUUGAAUAUGGCAAGCCAUGCUUCAAGAAAUUAUUGGAGAAUGAAAAAGCAGAGCAGGUUGGUGCUUUGGCAGUCAGUGUCUGUGGCCCUGGUGGUCUUGGUGACAGUGUUCGUGAAGCCGUUCGUAAUGUACAGGGCGAGAAGACAGUGGAUCUUUUUGAAGAAGCCUUCUCGUGGUGA